UACUCACUAACCGCUCGCCUAUCGCUUGGCGUCGGCGAAUUUGCGUGCCCUCGUCGAUCCAGGGACCAUCAGAUGAAUAAUGAUGGUUCCACCAGAACUCCGGUGAAGAACGGAAACAAGAACUGGGCAUUUCACUGGCAGUCAAAUGUCAACGUUCAUCAUGUCGGUGUGGACGACAUGGUGCUACUCAGCAAACUCUCAGAACAAUCCAUUGCUGACAAUUUGAAAAAGCGGUUCCAUGGAAACAGUAUUUUU